AUGUCGUUCCUCAAUGAUUACUUCGCUAUGAGUCUUCCGGGCUGGCGUCUUUUUAUUCUUGCUUGCUUCAUGGUAAUUGGCAUCAAAAUUACAAAAUUCUUUAUCGAACUAUACCGUGUGCGUAGCAAGUUCCAGCGUAUGCAGAGAGAUGGAUUGCCAAUGCCUCCGCAUCACCCGGUGUUUGGUCACUUGAAGUUGAUUGGCGAAAUUGUAUCUCGAUUGCCCAGCGAUGUUCAUCGUCACGUCCUCCCACACCAGAUCAAACUCCUCUAUCCUAACCUUGGCCCGCUGUUCUACCUGGAUACAUGGCCCUUUGGUGGUGAGAUUUUGGUUGCCGUAGGACCAGAUGCAGCUUACCAGAUGACCCAAUCACACCCGCUGCCCAAGUUUCAUGCCAUGCGUGAAUAUCUGAAGCCUAUGACAGGUGGAAAUGACUUGGUCUCAAUGGAAGGCAAAGAGUGGAGAAAAUGGAGAACCAUAUUCAAUCCGGGCUUCAACGCUAGUCAUCUUAUGACUCUGGUUCCUGAUUUGAUGAAAGACAUGUCUGUAUUCUGCGAGAUUCUGAGAAAAGCGGCUGUGAACUCAGACAUUGUCAUCAUGGAUCAUUUAACAACUAGAUUGAAUCUGGAUAUCAUUAGUCGGAUGGCUCUGAACACACACUUGAAUUCACAGCUUGAGACAAACGAUUUCGUUUCUGCAUUACUCAGUCAACUAGAUUGGUUAUCAUUUGGACACGAAGUCAAUCCAUUCCAACGCUACAAUCCUAUUCGCCCUCUUGUCAACUGGUGGAAUAGUCGCCGAAUGGUAAAAUAUAUUUGGAGAGAGUUGGAUAUGCGUUUGGAACGCCGAAACAUUGUUGAUAAAGGUACCCAAAGCACUCGCAGCAAAUCAAUCAUCGACCUCGCUUUGGAUAAUUAUCUUGCUAGCAAGCCUGGAGGCAGCACUACUUACGCCAUGGACACCGCUUUCAAAGACAUCGCUACAUCUCAAUUAAGAGUUUUCAUUUUUGCCGGUCACGAUACGACAAGCAGUACCAUGUGCUAUGCCCUCCAUUUACUCUGGACUAAUCCUAAGACCCGCCAGCUGUUAAUUGCCGAGCAUGAUACGAUUCUGGGCCCAGACCACAAAGAAGCAGCAAGAAAAAUCACAGAAGAUCCGUAUAUUCUGAACCGACUUCGUUAUACAAUGGCCGUCGCAAAAGAAACCUUACGACUGUACCCCUCUGCUUCCACUGCUCGUAGCGGUGAGGCUGGCUACUUCAUGACAGGAUCCGAUGGACUUCAAUACCCCACCGAAGGAUUCAUGGUAUGGUCAAACUCGCACGCUAUCCAACGUGAUCCUGUCUACUGGCCCGAACCAAGCGAAUUUCUCCCAGAGCGCUGGCUCGUUGAAGAAGGUCAUCGUCUAUACCCCAAGAAAGGCACCUUCCGACCGUUUGAAUUUGGACCACGUCAAUGUAUUGGACAGGAACUUGCGAUGAUGGAGAUGAAGAUUUUUCUUGUUUUGACUGCAAGAGAGUUUGAAAUUAGGAGUGUGUAUGAGGAGUGGGAUAGUCUGCAUCCGAAGACUGGUCCAAGAACACUCGAUGGAGAUAGGGCUUAUCAGAUCUUGUCUGGAGCUGCUCAUCCAAGUGACGGGCUUCCAUGCAGGGUGAAGUUGGUUGGAAAUUGA